GUGCGACUGCCAGCCUCGCUUUGACCUCAGCGCCUCAGCAACGGUGGUCCCCCUUACUACUUUCAAUGUCUAAGUACUCCUCGCGGUCUAGGAUGAGCGCAACGUCGGUCGAGCAGGCGAGGGUCCCCAUGGUCGCGGUAGCCCCCGCCUUGCACUCUCGUCCGUCGUUGCCUGUGGCAAUGCAAGAGCCUUUGAACUCGACUACCGCAUCGCAGCAUCUGCAAGACCGUGAGGGCCGAGGGGGCCCCGUCCAUGGAGCGGAAGAGGGUCCCGAGGACGUUGCGAGCGACAAGGGCCCACCGGUCCCAGAGAAAGACUUCAAGACAGACCGCCUCGCUCGUUCGCGCACGCACUCGAAGCAACACUCCGCAAAGCACGCUCGUUCGGCGCCAGGGUCGCAGGACGGGGGGAGGGCCGAUAACGUGCGCGCGUGGCUCAUGCUGGUCGGCCGCGAGGAUGAAGAUGGGUGGUUUGUGCUCGAGCGCGUGACUGACCAGGGCGGGAGGGGUAGGCGGUGCAGCGUCGAGUCGACGACGGCCACGCUCGUCGCGGAGCCCACCGGGAAUGAUGGGGCUGACGCUGCGGGCUCUUCUGCUCCAAGCAGCAAUGCGGACGUGGGUCCCGGGAGGCAGUACGAUCCUAGCUGGAGGCACGCGUGGUACGUCAGUGCGCCAGGAUGGCCGAAGUUCAAGGACGCGGACCACUCAAAGCCGUCUCUGCUCGGGCGCGCGAAGAAGGCCGCCAGGACCCUCUCGUUUGGACACAAGGCUUGAAGCUUGAAGCUUGAAGUUUGGGUGUAUGAGAAGACACGGUCGUUAUGGACAACGUCAGCAAGACCGGCGCUGGAAGCGGGGACACUGGCGGACUAUCUGAAUUGUUGUGCGCGGACACUCGAGGUUAUCACACUAGGUCGAGCAUGUCGAUAUAUGUUAUGCUGUUUGUUCUGCUCUAUGUUUGUACUUGAUCCUAUGCCACUCUACUCGCUGUA